AAACAAAGAGUCGUGUAAACAAGAACAGCAAAAACAAGAUGUUCGUCGUUCUCGUCGUCGUCGUCGUCGUCGUCGUCCUCGGCCCACGUAUGGAAAAGCGGUGCGUACCGUGAGGCGAAAGGUCAUUAUCAUCACUGCAACUGCAUCCCGCGAAUGCAAACGUUGCUUCACCGCCGAACAGUGCGAACCAGCUAGUCGAACGAACCAUUUCGUAAACGUGCUAUCAUCCUCCGGCCAACAUACAAGCUCGCUCGCGGUGCCUCAGGUUUCAAGGCAAUUGGUGCGGUUUCAGGUAGUUUUGUAGCGGGCAAGCACACCACCACCCGCAUCCCCAGUAGGAGGAAAUGUUUAACCUGUUCGCGGGCAAGGACAAACCGGCGGCCAGCGGUGGACCACUGCAGGGCUACAAGGUGACGGAUGUCGAGCGGAGCCGCAAGUACGGCGUGGCCGCCGACUCACUUCGCAUGCUCCGGGCGAAGGCGUCGGAAAAAUUCAAGAUACCAGAAUGUCGUGUGUAUCUUGCCCAGGACGGUGUGGAAGUGACCGAUGAGGAUUACUUUCGAACGCUGCCCGCUCAGAUUCUGUUCGUGGUGGCUGGCAAGGAUACGGUCGUGCAAACCGAUUUCGAGCUAAUGUACAACGCCAUCAAGACGGCCCACACGGACCUGCUGCAUGCGGGCGAGCUGGCCCAACAGUUUGUCAGCAACAAUCAGCCGGAGAUUUCGAAAAUCCUCUUCAACGCCCAGCGUGGUCGGGAUGAUUUGAUUCAGCGCAGUGCUCGGGAAGAGCACGCCGAAUGGUUUGUAGGAAUUGACGAUCGCGCGGUAAAGACAAAGGAGGAAGUGAUGAAGCGGCGCGGCCAGGAUCGAAUUCGUGGCUAUUUUUACAAAACCAAGGACGAGCUGACGAAGUGCGCGAUGUACCGGGGCAGCCCGAUGGCUCGUGAGCUAAUCGAUGAGAUGCUGGAACUGUUCCGCCAGCUGCUGGUGGGAUUCGAUUACUUUAGCUGCAUGUUUGACCGCAGCUGCCAGCGCCGGAUGGAGCUGAAGCCGGACACCGAGGACGGCGGGGACGAACCGGACGCGCAGCGGAUUCCACCGAAGCGGUUGAAACUGUUGGUGCAAAGUUCGCUCGGCCGGGACUGCCGCAUCGAGCCGUACAAUGUGGCGUUGUGCAGCGAGCGGGGCGACUUUCGGUGCAUGGGCGUGUGGAAGGACGAGCGGUGCCGGUACGCUAGCCAUCGCAUCAAUCCGUACGCGAGCCGGGAAAACUUGAUCCUGUUUCAGGUGUGGAAUCUGGACCAUCAGGUCGAGAUUAGCCGGAGCGUGCUGCCGUCCAUACUGGACAACGUGGAGCGGAUGGUGUCGAGCGCGGAUGGCGGCGGCGGAGGCACACCGAUGUGCAAGCUGCACCGGCGCAAGGGCAAAAACUUGUCUGUGAUAACGUACUUCCUGGAGCUGUUUACGCUCAGCAAUCUGAAGCUGGUGCACAUCGUUUGCCACGACAAGACCGUCCACGAGCUGAUCUCGAACGGGACCAUCAUCUGCGAUCGGUGCGAGGAGUAUAAGUAUAUUAAGCAAUUUCAGCGCAAAUUACGGGAGAAGAAGGACGCACUGCUGUAAGACAGACCUGGUGUGGCGGUCAGUUUUGACUCGGUUGCCAACGAUCUCGUGACGUAAAGACAAAUAUUUAAGCAAAAUAUAUAUAUUCUACAAUAAACGUUCUCACCUCAUGGGCGCAAUCGUGUGUGUUCGCUAUAUAACGCC